AUGGGUAGAGCCACUCGCUGUGAUAAAAUGGUCAUGAAAAAGGGACCCUGGAGACCCGAAGAAGAUAAAGUUCUUGUUGAAUAUAUUCAGAAAAAUGGCCAUGGAUGCUGGCGUUCUCUUCCCAGAAAGGCUGGUCUUCGUCGUUGUGGGAAGAGUUGCCGCCUACGUUGGACUAAUUAUCUGAGACCCGAUAUUAAGAGAGGCCGAUCUCAACCAGAAGAAGAAAGAACUAUCCUCCAGUUGCAUGCAAUUCUAGGCAACAGGUGGUCUACAAUUGCUUCUCAACUGCCAGGGAAAACUGAUAAUGAGAUCAAGAGCUUCUGGAAUACCCACUUGAAGAAAAGGCUGUUGGGAAUGGGACUGGAUUCUUCCACCCAUGCACCCAAAUCUGAGAUACCCAGGGCAAAUGGAUCUCAGUCCAAAGCCCUCCUGAGACACGAGUCACAGUGGGAGACACUGAGGCUUGAAGCCGAAGCAAAGCUCUCUAGAGAUUCGAUCCUGUCAUCUAAGAAUAAGUUGAUGGGAAACAAUAACGUGGAGUCCAUUUUCAAGGCACCCAGUGAUCCUUUCUUGAAACUCUGGAACUCAGAUGUACGAAAGACCUUCAGGAAGGAGCCUAUUAUUAAGAACACUAGGACUCAGGGAAUUAUUGACAGGGAAGACAACUCAACUGAUUGGAUUGGGAUGGCCAGAUACCAUGAUCCUUACACUAAGGCUAUUAUGAGGGGCCAAACAGCAAGCAAGAAGCCCACCACCCAUGAGGACUCCUACAGCUCUGAUGAUAACAUACAAGGCUUGACGGAUCUACUUGUCGAUUACCCCAAUAAGACCAGUGACAAUAACUCCAACAUGUCAGAAUCAAGCACGAAUUCUGAGAUGCAGUCACCUUGGGGAUGUCAAGAACUGCGACUAGAUGAGGACAACGAUUACUGGAACAACGUGCUUAGAGUUCAUGAUCAGACAUCAUCUGAACAGACUUGA